CAGUGAUAGUCAAAUGAAAACACCAGUGUGAUUGGAAAAUAUUAUUAAAAAUAACAUUUUAAUUUUAAAAUAUUAAAAAAAUAUAAUGCCUUUUUUAAAAGACUUCAUUGUAAGAAAAAAAUAUUUGUAAUAUUAUAAAAAAUAUGAGUAAUUUCCUAGAACUUGAUUCACAGUCUGUGAAGGAAUCAGCAGUUUAAUGGUUGAGUGCUUUUAAAUGGACCAUCUGCACCCAGCAUGUGAGCACAUGGGACGUUCUUCCCUCAACUGUCAACCUCUGUCUCAACUUUAUAAGAGUCAACACUGAAACAGACCAAGCUUCACUGGCUCUAGAGGGAAAUAUACUGCUGAUACACAGUAAAUAAGGCAUAUAAAGAAACUAACUGCAACAGAAAUGAACAAGAACAGAAAAGCAAGUGGUCUUAUCGUCAUUAUUAUCUCCCUUCUUCUGCUCUGCAUUGCAUCAGGUGAGAAGGACCAACUGAACCAGAUGUUUAGCAGAGGACUUCGACUUAUUGUGGAAGUUCCUCACGUCCGUGUUGACCACCUGGUGACUCCGAAGGUGCAUAUUCUUCUGCCUUCUGGCGUUCAGAAGCAGCGUGCAGAGAGAGUGACGCUGGCCUGUGUCAUCACCGGGUUACAGUCUAAAGCCGUGAGGAUCACAUGGAAGGUGAACGGAGCAACAGGUCUCAAGAAACACAGCAGCCCUGCACAAGUGCACCGAGAGCCUGGAGGCACCUUCUCUGCUGUGGGCCUGUACUCAGUGCUCGCUCAUAAAUGGAGUCAUGGGAAUACGUACAGGUGUGAGGUGACUUACAAAGCGGCGUUUUACUACGAUAAGGCAGAGUCGUCUCUGUGUGUUCCUCCUGAGGAACUGUAACUGUGUCCUGUGUUAGAGAUUCACGCUGGAGCCGGAGCACAUAGCUCACUUCAAAAUCAACAGAGGGAGAGAAAAAAAAGGACAAUAUAUUUUCAAAACAAUUUGGAGAGUGCUGUUAAAUUCAAAAUUCUGAAUUUUCGUAUUGUUUCAAUAUUAUUUAUAAACAUGCAAUUGAUUUAUAUAAAACUUGGCUUAGUUUGCUUUAAACAUUCUUAUAAUUAUUAUACAGUUUUGUUUUUGGUUUCAUUUUCUUUGGUUAGCUCGCCCCCUUUUUCUUCUUUAUGUGAAGCAAACAAAACUUUCAAUAAAGAUUUUCAAUUAAAAAUCAAAAGAG